UCAAUAUUGAAAGAAAAAGUGAGUUAGGUCAUGAUCAUAAUUAGUCAUCGGACCACAGUAAACACAUAGAAAUGAGUGCCUGUACAUCUUCAACCUUCAUUUUUUUAACACUUUUGGGUGCCGAAAUUUUGCAUAAAACAUGGUCAAAUGUAUUAAACAGAAUUAAAAGCACCAGACCUGAAUUGAAAGUUUAAUCAAAUUAGCCCAUUAUUUAAAAUUAAACGCGUAAUCUAAAUAAGAUGUGUAAUCUUUGACAAUGACUGGCCAAUUUAAUUCUGUGGAAAUCCAGGGGUGUAGAUCCAACAUGGGGAAUUUCACAAGUUCCAUCACCUUUAGGGUAAUGCUCAAAGGUAUAAAAAUGUUUUGCAGUUUCUCUAUUUAGUAGGCAGCUGUUCGAUUCAUAGAUUCAUCAUAAAUUCAUAAGCACAGAGGCUGUAGGUGGUGUGGAAGUGACUCAGGGGAGCCAAGUCACCAGUCCGAGUAACUCAGAACAGACUGUGGGAUAAAAACUGCUGCAUGCUCCUUCAAUCACGGACAGAAAGGAUGAGUAACAGGUGGGCGAGCGAGACACUUCGUGUUCUCUCUUAGCUGUAAUGUGCUUAAAAUUCACUCUACGCUGUUGUGUCGUCUGCCCCCUUCCGACAAAGCUAGCGCUCUCUCUCCCACUCUCUCUCUCUAGCUUUUAUGUGCCGUCUGCAAGACAAGCUUUUUCAGUGCAGUGUUGUGGAUGUGAGCUCUAGCAGAAGUCCUGAAACAUGCCAGUCAGAAGAAGCCGCAGGUUAAAGUCUCUUAACACUUCAAGUAGGUUUUUGUCUUAAAGCAACAGCGAGACAUUCUUUCAAUGAAGUGACUCUUCUCAUCUUUCAAGAUCUUUCAAUACUGCUGCAUGUCAUCUCCAAGCAGACUUUACCAAUAAGUCUAUGCAUGAGGGACUGAGUCCUCUUAACAGCCUCAACAUGACUAUCACCAUUCAGAACAUCACGGCCACCUCUGCCGUCGUCAACUGGCCCUCUUCUCCAGGCUGUGUAGACACGUUCUACAGCGUCAUGUAUCAUCCCAACUGGAACAGCCUUUUGAUGGGUUACACGCGCAAGAGCUUCCUUCGCGAGGACAGGAUUCCCGUCAGCCAGACGUCUACCAGCCUGGGCAACCUGAAUCCGCAGACCACUUACAUCCUCUGUGUCACCUGCCAGUCCGCCAAUCCUACGAAAGAGCAAUGCCAGGUCUUUAGUACCCUAGACGAGGGCACCGAGCUCGGUCAAGGCGGCAGGGAGUUGGCGAUGGGAGUUUGGCUGGCCAGCAGCAUCCUCCUCCUGAUCAUUGCCGUGGCUCUGCUUUGGGGAUGUCUCCACACCAUAUGUCCCGCUAAGAGAGACUCUGAAAGAGGCAACCAGCAGGGUUCAAACCCUUCUCAGCUUGCGUUGGCCCCCGUGGGUGGAAUCAUGGGAAACGAUGGACGCAAAAGUCUGUACGUGGCAAGCUGCAGCGAGGAGGACUCUCAAAACGCGAUGGUGAUUGAGAAUCCUUAUCGAAUAGAGCAGGGUAUCGGACGGCGCUGUGAACUCGGAAAAACUUAUUCUGCACAGAGCUUUGGUCCUGAGUCAUAACAAAUAGGGUCUCUAACGUCAUUAAUGAACUGACCCCAAAAGUUCAAACUAUUAUAAUCCGCAUAAUGAGGGCGAUUACUGAGACGGAAACCGUUUCGAGAAAAUUUGAUUUUGACAGUCUAAAUAAUUGUGGCGUGGAUGCUGAGGGCUGUUGAGGUCAAAUUAGUAUUGAAAUGUCAAAUGGACAAAAAUGUAAAACUUACUAAAGAAAAUUAAAGGAUGUUUCUCUUAAACUAUUAUUCAUUACUAAUCAUAACAACAAAAUUAAAGGUUUAUAUUUGCACCUUAAGAAUUAAAUUGUAUAUCUUUAAAAUUAUUCCCCACCAUUCUCAUGAUGUUGAGAUCAAAUAAAAUGGCCACAUCUUGGAUUUUAACUUAAAGACGACUAUGGCUGUCACACCUAUAAAGUUAGGCUGAUGAUAAUGGUCUAAUAAGUUAAUGUGAUUAUGGUAAUUAAUAGUCAUGCACAAAACACAAUAUGUGCGAUUUCUAGGACAUUUUGUAUGAUUUUCAAAUCAACAUGUUUUGAACCCUUUUAUUAAUUCAACACAAAAUCAACAAAAAAUGGACACACAAAGUGUUUAAUAGGCUAACACAAACAAUGUGUUCAUAAUACAUUCUUUUUGAGGGUGUAAAAAAACGUCAUAAAUGUUUAUGUGCUUCCUUCAUUCUCUAAUUAAAAACUGUAAAUAUUUUAAUUCUUUGAAAAUUGUCGCUUGCUGUAUAAGAUUAAUACACUUAAUACACUUUUUUUAAUAUAAAAUCAAAUUAAACUGUAAACACUAGAAACACUCAUUAUAAAGUAACUGCAAGGACGUUUUCACACAUAAGGGUUUGUUUGGGAACCUGGUGCGUUUUCUCUCUUGGUUCGGUUCGUUUAGGCAUAUGUGAAUACGUUAAUCACGCUACUAUUUACAUUAAUUACACACCCUCUUGUCAUUUCAAACCUGCAUGACUUUCUUCAGCAGAGAACAAAAGAAGAUCCUGAAAUCGCAUACACCUUGCCUACCUAUGUGUAUUGCAAAUAAAAAACAUCUGCGUUCAGAAUGUCUGAUCUGUUAAAGGCAUGUUGUGAUUGCAUCUUAAUCCAGGACUGUAGUGUAAAUUCUC